GCUUUGUAUGUGAUGCCAUACCAUUAGAGUAAAAAAACAGAUUAAGUUGCUUGUGGUAUUAUUAUUGGUGUAUCAGAGAAUGUAGACUGGUAUAGAAUGACUGGUGUCAAGACAGGCGUUUCGUGAUACUGCUGGUAACAUGAUCCGUUGCUUUGUGUGGGUUGUUGUGUUUCAAACUUAUAGCUAUAUUUAGUUCUAAUAUUGUAAUGAGGCUUGUGUCAGGGAAACGUAUUAUUAAAGUACAGAAGCAGUACCACAGUGCGUUGUGUAGUACGAUAUUAUGAUACCGAUUAACUGCUUUAAUACUAUGUACAUGUUACGUUGUAGGCUACUGUCAGCUCGUUUUAAAUUAUAACGGAUAAACUAGCAAUACACAUAACUGCUUUUUGGCUUAAUGCAAAAGUAAACACAAAGCAACAAUAAACACAACUGUAUCGACAGAAGAGUAAUUAUAUAUAGCUAAAAGGUGAUUGUUAUAAGAACAAAGUUUUCACUAAUGGGACAAUGGCGCAAGUUCCUGUUGUGUUUCAUUCUGAUUGUGACGUCAUAGACGCUCAACAAAUAACCAACCCACCUGCGAUUGACGCUGAGAGAAUGUCCAAUGACUUGAACAUCUCGGGUUCCACGGUCGGUACUGUUGUUUAUCAACCCAUGACCGUCAUAAACCAGUUACAGGAACAGCAGUCGAAGUCACUUAGUUCAAUUAAAAGGUAUACACAACCAAUUACUAACUUUGAGGAAACUAAAAAGUUCUUGGACGUGAAAAGGAUCGCUCAAUGUCAACAGAAAGUAAUUCUGCAUUGCCAUGGUUUUCCGGGGACUGGAAAAUCUGAAAUUGUGCGAAAACUAGCUCAGGAGUUUCCCUAUGUUGAUACUUUCCCACUCUACGUAAAAUGGCAUAUUGAAUGCGAUGGCAGGGAACAUGAUAUUAAAGAAAAGCUGCAGGAAUUGGUCAAAAGCAUGCAUAAGCAUAAUCUGUUACCAGAAAGCACACCACACCAGAACAUUAUCGAAGAUUUAAACAGAAAUAAAGCAGGCUCUCUCGUGGAUGCAAUGUGUGCAACAAAAGUUCCAGUUGUAAUUAUACUAGAAGAUGUAGUUCAAUCGAACUCAGCUCUUUAUAUCGAUUUCCUUCGGUCUUUUAAUAAUGCCGAAGAACAGGACGCCCCGUUUCAUGUUUAUAUCACAACAAGAAAGAGAAAAGCAGUUUUGGAUGAAUGCAGAUCGUACACAGGAUACAGGAGCGUGUCCAUUGAAGGCUUUACGGAAGAAGAAGCGAUGAAAUACCUCAUGAAUGGUGGAAGACAUACAGAGGAAGAUAAAAACGCUGCAAAAUUGGUAUAUGACCGUUUUAGUGGCUCGCCGUUGGGUCUUAAAGCCGCCCGUAGUUUUUGUAAAGAAUCGAGGAUUUCAUACAAAGAUUACAAAGAAAUUUUACUGGAAGAUGAACAAACUGUCCAUGCUGGGGAAACGAAGAAUUUAGAGGCUGAAUACGGCCAUAACGUGCAGCAUAUAUUUCAAGCUAUUACCAUGCCCUUCCGGCCAAAGGAAGACAACGAUAAACAAGUUGCUCAUACUUGGAAAGUGUUGUCAUGCCUAUCUCAUCUUCAUUACAGCAGUAUUCCACGUUUUGUGGUGGGAAGGUUUUGUCAGUAUUUUCGAGAGGAUGAGGUAAAAAAUCAUCGAACAAGGAACAAGAUGCAAAGUGGUCAGAUCAUCAGUAAAUUAGAGGAUUACUCCAUGUGUGUUGUUGGUGAAAACGACGACAUUAACUUUCACGAAGUUAUUCUGCACGCUUUUAGAGUUAACACAUUGAAUGUUAUACCAGUGGAUAUAACGGCAGGGGUGAUAUCUGGCUUAAUAACUAAAGAUAUGAGAGACAAGGAGGUUUCAGAAGGAAUGGUGAAGCUUAUACCUCACAUUCAGACUUUGCUGGGGCAUAUUGGCUCACAUUAUGACUUGGUGCAAGACCCGCUUACUCGGUUGAUUAUCAGUCAUAUUUAUGAAGUGUUUGGAGCUGUCGGGACGAACCAGACCUAUGUCAUUUCUCAAGAUUGCAGGGAUUGCUUAGGAAAAGCACUAAAUAUUGUGUACGGGCAGAUUUUCGGGGAAGACCUCACGCUUGAUCAGUUUAUUGAUUUAUAUCAGAGUAGAAAGCCAGUUGCUGAUGUUGCGGAGCUAAUGGUACGAGCGUGUACAGAAGCAGGUGCCAAGUUAGAAGCUGGGUUUAUCGGGAAGUACGAGAGCAAAGUCCUUCUGUUACGCCCCGGCGAAGAAUUGAACUUUCUAGAAGAAAAAGGCAAAAAUAAAACGUUGUUCAAUAAAAUCCGAGAAUUCCUAAAAGUUUCUCCAGUUCUAACGACAGAAAUUUUGGAAAUCCUUCGGGAAUGUGGGUUGUUCUUACAUGAAAAGUUGCACUCGAAAAUCUUUUUCGCAGAAAGGUUAACUUCUAUUCUUCAAAGCACAAGUCGGGUUAUUCUUUAUUCAAACAAUGAGUCUUCAUCUGAGCACCAGAAAUAUCUUUGGCUUUCCAACCUUGCAUAUCAUAUAGCUCUUCGUUGCAGGGAAAAAUAUGGAGUUCGUCUGCUGUUUGAGCAUAUAUCGGUGGUUGGAGGUAGUGUCCCCAUUACCUUGAAAUGGUGUCAUAUUCUUGAGCCAUCUGAACAAACCAAGCACCUGAUGGACGCAAAGAAGACGCUGGAAGAUGCCCUGGACACCAGAGAUGUUCAUUUUGACUUCUAUGAGCAUGGGAUACUUCGGCAAUCGGAUGGUAUUUACAACCAAAUGAACAUCAACAGAUAUCUCAUCAGAAUAUAUACAAAACUAUGUACCGCAAAUGAGAGCGAUGACAGGGUAAAAGAAGAAGGGCGGAAAACAUGCUGCAUGUUGUAUGAAACAGCCUUAGCUAACCUGAAGUGGGUGAUUGCUUAUCGUUGCUUGACAUAUUGCGGCAAAUUUUUCAGCGCUAUCAAGGACCAUGAUAUGGCUGUUACAUGUUUCGACAGUUUCUUCGCUUCGGCGAACCAAAGCCACCACACUCUUUGGGGUUGGGCUGUGUAUUGCUUUGCGGUUGCUGUACACGCAGCUAACGACAUUGAACGAGUAGAUAGAGCUGCAAAGAUGUGCAAAGAUAUAUUGCAGAACGGAAAUAACUUGAAUGAGUUCCUAAGACAAAAUUUACCGGCUGUUCUAAAGAAACUACAGGAAAUGAUAUAAUUUUAUGAAUCAGUGUAAUCCCCUAUAGAAAAUGUGAAAUUGUUUACAAUUUUUAUUUAUUUUUUUAAAUUUUGCACAAUAUAUUUUGUUUCGUUAAUUAUGUUCCACCUACGGCGCAGUAUGUGGACAUAUAUUUUACACUGGCGCACUUUAUAUGUCGUAAUAUUCCUCGGACCUAAUUGAUGAAAAUGAAGUUCAAUAAACCAAUGGUUGAGAAAAUAAAGUG